AUUAUUUCGUUGGUUCGUAGCUACGAGGUUUGUUAGAGGUCUUUGAUAAGACAACAUGAAACUUUCUACUAGGGUAUUUCUCUUUGAUUCAAUAACUUCAAGUACAGAUUUUGUGAUUGUUGAGUACUAGAAAUAUUUAUAUGUAAUCAGGAAUUUAAUUUGCAUCAACGAAUACAAGGAAGAACCUUGAAAACCACAGAAAUUGAUUAAGAUUUUCAAAAAUGUUUGAGGGCCAGCUCAACAGCCGACUGCUGUUGUGCGUGUUCGUGUCGUCGCUGGGCGCGUCCUUCCAGAAUGGCUACAACAUCGGCGUCAUCAACUCCCCGCAGGCGACCAUAGAGACGUGGAUCGCCCAAGUGAUCGCGGAGAGACAGGGCAUCGCCCAGGCGGACGUGCCGGCCACCACAAUCACCUUCAUCUGGUCGGGCAUAGUGGCCAUCUACUGCGUGGGCGGCAUGAUGGGCGCCGUGUCCACCAAGUUCGUGGCGGAGACCUUCGGCCGGAAGGGAGGGCUGCUCUUCAGCAACGUGCUGGUGGUCAUAGCCGCGCUCUUGCUGGGUUUCGCGAAGCCAGUGAAAGUGUUUGAGAUGCUGCUUAUUGGACGACUCGUGAUCGGCAUAUACUGUGGCUUGAACGCAGGCUUGUGUCCCAUGUACCUCAACGAGAUCUCUCCCGUUAGCAUCAGAGGAGCGAUCGGGUCGGUGUUCCAACUGAUCCUGACGAUCGCCAUCAUGGUGGCGCAGAUCAUGAGCAUGGAGUGGUUUAUGGGCACCGAGGCGCUGUGGCCCUACCUGCUGGCCUUCAUCCUGGUGCCCGGGAUCAUCCAGUGUGCGCUGCUGCCCUUCUGCGCAGAGUCGCCGCGCUAUCUGUUCAUCACCAAGGAGCUGGAGACUGAGACCACGGAAACUCUGACGUGGCUGCGCGACUCUGAAGACGUGGAGGAAGAGGUGCAGGGCCUGCGGGCAGAGAGGGAUGCGCUGCAGGAGAUGGAGGUGGUCACCCUCAAGGACAUGUUCCAGAUCUCGGUCCUGCGCAAACCCCUCAUCAUCUCCUGCGUCGUCAUGAUGUCGCAGCAGUUCUCCGGCAUCAAUGCAGUGAUGUACUUCUCGACUCACAUCUUCAACGAGGCGUCGCUGAGCAUGAGCGAGUCGCAGCUGGCCACGCUCGGCAUGGGCACCAUCAACGUGCUCAUGACCGUGGUGUCGCUGGUGCUGGUGGAGAUGGCGGGCCGCCGCGUGCUGCUCUUCAUCGGCUAUGCCGGCAUGUGCGGCACCACCGUGCUGCUCACCAUCUGCCUCAUAUAUGUGGAUGCAGAGCUGUGGGUGGCUUACUUCACUAUUCUGCUGGUGAUAAUUUUCGUGGUGUUUUUCGCGACGGGCCCCGGCUCCAUCCCAUGGUUCCUAGUGGCCGAGAUGUUCGGCCAAUCAGCGCGCUCCACCGCCACAAGCGUGGCCGUUCUCGUCAACUGGACUUGCAACUUCAUUGUUGCUAUUGGCUUCCUACCGCUUCAGAAUGUAUUGGGUUCUUAUGUGUUCGUCAUCUUCGUGAUUCUGCUCGCCAUCUUCGCUGCGUACGUGUUCUUCCAAGUACCCGAGACGAAGGGCAGGACCAUUGAAGAAGUCACUGCGCUCUUCACGUGAAAACCAAUUAACUCUCUCGGCUGUCUAUGUCUCAUUUUGUACUUCUGAUCAAUUCUGGCUAUAAGUGUAAUAAACAAAAAUGAGUACUUAG